AUGGAGAUGAACUAUGAUGAACAGGAGCUCUCCGCGAUUGAGCGAGAGCUCAACGUCGAAAUUCUCCCUGGCACGGAGCUGAUGGCGGAUGUGGGAAUGCAUCAUUUCGUCAAGAGUACCGGCAAGAGUCACCGUGUCCUGGUUCCGCAACCGUCCGAGGAUCCCCACGAUCCGCUCAACUGGUCGACGACAUGGAAGAUUUCAGCCAUUGUGGCCUCGAGCAUGGUCAGCUUUACUCAGGGCUUCGGUCCGCUCUCUUUGGCGCCCAUGUUUGGCGACUACAUCGAGGCGUUCCAUUGCUCUCUGGCAGAUGCAGUGCAGUUUACCGGCGUCGCUAUCCUUGUCCUUGGUUUCAGCAACUUCAUCUGGGUUCCACUCAGCUCGACUUUCGGCCGUCGCCCCGUCUACAUUUUCUCGCAGUUGAUCUGCCUCGGUUCUGCCAUCUGGCGGGCCAGAGCUCAGACUUAUGGCUCGUUCAUGGGCGCUUGUGUUUUGAACGGUAUUGGAGCUGGUCCCGCUGAGACGAUCCAGCCGGCGGUCAUUGCCGAUAUUUUCUUCCUCCACGACCGUGGCAGGUGGAACACGCUCUAUUGGGUUGUGUACAUGGGAUCUCUGAUGGUUGCGCCCAUUAUUUCGGGACCGAUGGCUGAAAACGUCGGAUGGAGAAAUUUCUGGUGGCUGUACACCGCUCUAGUCGCCCUUUCUCUGAUCAUGGUUGUGUUCAUGUUUCCGGAAACGAAGUGGCACCGACAACACCCGAAGGAGAUGGUCAGACACUCGAUUGCAGCCCAAGAAGCCGCCAAAGGCGAGGGCGCCGAAAAGCAGUCCGAUGCGGUUCUCGAACAAGUGCCCACGAGCAACAACGAACUAGCCCCCGUCGAAACUGCCGAGCGCGACCCUUGGCUCGGCCGCGGCAAGCCCAGCAAGGGACAAUGGGGUUUCUACACGCCCAAUCCAGACCCGCUGAGGGCCAUCAUCCUCGAUCUCUGGAUCCCGUGGAAGCUAUUUGCCUUCCCCAUCGUUGAACUGGCCGCCUUUAUCGUCAGCUGGAGCUGCUCGUCCUUCUUGACCCUCAAUCUGACCCAGACGCAAGCCUUUGCCGCACCGCCCUACAACUUCAGCACCAAGCAAAUCGGCUUCACCAACUUCGCCAUCCUCAUCGGCGCGAUGAUCGGCUUGUUCACCGCCGGCCCGUUCUCCGAUCUGGUCGCUGCCCGCGCAACAGCCAGGAACAGGGGCAUUCGCGAGCCUGAAAUGCGUCUGCUCGCCAUGAUCCCGUACGUCAUCAUCAUGUACUUUGGCAACAUCAUCGUCAGCGUCGGCUAUCAGAACCAGUGGCCGUGGCAAGCCAUUGUCAUCAUCGGAUACACCUGUGCUGGUAUCCAGGUUGCCGCGAUUCCCGGAAUCGCCUCGACUUAUGCCGUUGACAGCUACAAGCCUGUUGCUGGCAGCCUGUUUGUCGCCAUCACCGUCAACAAGAACGUGUGGGGUUACGGUUUCAGCAAGUUUAUCACGAAUUGGAUCAUCAAAGAUGGUUAUAUCCCACCGAUCAUGACCAAUGCCUCUCUGAUUCUGUUGUGGUGUCUGUGUGCCAUUAUAUUCUACUUUUACGGGAAGACGUUCCGACGAUGGACCAAGAAUAGCAGCGUGCAUUCGAUGUGA